AUGCUGGCUGCAGUCUUCCUCCAACAACCUCUUGGACAACUCUGCGCGUAUGGAGCUGGUCUCACAGCUUUGCGGGCUUUUGAAAUCUCAUCGCCCGUCACCAAAAUCGAGAUCGAUAAGCUGUGGCGGUAUGUUGUCGGUAUAGGAGCCUUUCCGACACUGCUCGCUCUCGGCUUCCGGUUGUUCAUGCCGGAGAGUGGCAGAUACACCUAUGAAGUACGUAGAAAUGCUGCUCCGCGUGAAGAUAGUACGGCCGUUCGACCUUCAAAUGCAUCGACUUCAUCUGGCGAGGACCCUGGCUCUAGUGAAGAGGCACAGGCUCAGUUCGACUUCAACGGACUUUGGAGAUUCUUAUAUCAUGAAGGCCACUGGACCGGCCUGUUCGGUUGCUCGAUGUGCUGGCUUCUCCUGGACUUUGCAUUCUACGGACUUGGCUUCAACAACCCAUCCACCCUUGCCAAGCUCUGGACUACUCAGGACCUCACCUAUUCAGCCGAUCCACCUUACUGGCUCGAGACUUCUGGUAUUGUCAAUGAUACCAUUGCUGGCGUUGAAAUCGUCAAUGGUACCGCCAAUGGUGCCAUCGCAGAGGCGCUGAUCGGGCGCGUCUUGGAGAGGAACAUGCUUCGUGCAAUAUACACGGUCUCGAUUGCGUCUAUCCUGGGCUCUCUACUGGUGAUCGUUCUCAUCAAUCGCUUCGACCGAAAGCACAUGCUCACCAUCACAUUUGGCCUACUCGCCAUCGUCUUGUUCGCGGCAUGUGGCAGCUUCAAGGCCCUAUUCCACCAAGAAAGCCUGCACAUUGUGCUCAUCAUGUUCUGGGUGGUCAUUUCGUUCCUGUUCAGCUUCGGUCCUAAUACAUUGACCUUUGUUAUUCCAGCCGAAAUAUUCCCAACCAAGUAUCGAUGCACAUUAUACGGCGCUUCUGCAGCUUUCGGGAAAAUCGGAGCGAUUCUCGUACAGAUUGUCAUAUCCCAGGUCCCUUCUAUCGGACGGCCCAACUCGUCCGACAUCCGCUGGUUACUAUUAUCCUUCGCGGUCUGUAUGUUGCUAGGAGCAUUCUGCUCUCACUACUUCGUCCCUCAAGUGCAACGACGAGCGAUAUACGCAGACAUGACAUUGGAUCAGAACACCCAUCACCACCGCUCUGCGCCGCACUAUGUAAACAUUCCUUUGCAGGAAUUGCCCGUACGGCGCAGAGGCAAGACUUCGRACGUUGAUGUUGUGGAACUAGGCUACAGAAAUCCCAGCUAA